GAUGUACACACCAUACACUAGAUAAUUUUUGACAGACGAAUUCAUAAUUUUUCGUCUUGAUGAUUUCGUAGCGAUUUUAGCUCAAAAUUGCUGUGCAUUUUGAUUUACUUUUUAUUAAAAAUACGAUGAACGUGUUUUUGUUUGCUUGGCAAUAAGAGAAUCAAAAUCUUCCAGUCAUGGAGAGCGAUUCGGAAAACUUGAGACCUAAAAACUGGACCGGUUCAAAACCAAAAGAAGGCUUCGCCGUGAAUCUAAAUCUCAUCGAAGAAGUGCAGCAGGAAGAUCAGGAUGAGGAAAUCCAAAAUUUGGGGCUCAGCGUGUACAGACAGGAAACCCUGGAGCAGGGAAUCCUGCAGCAGGUGGACGAGGCCUUGGAAAGACAGGAAAAGGAGCAGGAGGAGCAAAACCUGGACUCCGAAAUUGCCUGCAUCGAGACAGAAAUCAGGGUUGCCGAGGAGCAAGUUAACAAAGAUCAAAGUCUGCUGAGGGUCUUGCUUGACUCAGGAGCCCUCCGGACGCAGAUGGUCAGCAUUCGGAAGGAGCAGGAGGAUAAAAGGGAGAGACUCCAGAAGUUAAAGGCCAGACAAAAAGCUCUCCUGCAACAAAAGUACUCUCUCUACGAGCCAGAGGUCCAAGAUUGCCAAGUAAAAGAAAAAGAGGAAGAAACAGCCGAAGAAAAGAUGAUUCGCUUGGGUGAAAUGACACCGUUCGGCACCAUGCUUGCUUCCAAAACGUCUUCCGAGAUGAGUGGUCUGAAAAAGUACUUUGCUCAGCAAGCAGCUUCCUCGAAAGACAAAGCACAGUCAGUUGCAAAUAAAAAGCAAAAAUCCAGUCCUCUAAAGAGAAAUAUUUUGAUGCCACAGAAGAGGAAAAAGAAAAUUAAAUUAGGGACUAAAACUUCCAAAAGUGCCUUUUCAAGACGAGCAUCCGGGCCAUUGACCUCAGAAACUCAAACAAUGUGGCUUGACGACGAUCCGGACUUUGUUCCCUCGGGUGAUGAAGAGGAUGAUUUGGAUCCUUAUGCUGAAAUCGGUCUGAAAAAGGCAACCAGGAAAAGGAAAAUAAAGGAGGUUAAGUCUGAAAGUGACUGGCACACAGACGACAGCGAUUGGGAAAAAUCUCCCCGUCCUGAUACAAAGAAGAGCAAAAGGAAAUCAAUGGCUCUUGAUGAUGGUUCGUUGGAAGAUUACGAAGCUAGAGUGAGUUUAUGGAGAGAGCAGGGUGGUUGCGAGGAGGAAGAGUUGCACAAAUUAGACGGAUACCUUGAAAUUCCAAUGUCUAUUUGGAACAAACUCUACAAAUAUCAGCAAGUUGGUGUCCAGUGGAUGUGGGAGCUUUACCAAAAUGGAUCCGGUGGAGUUUUGGGUGACGAAAUGGGUUUGGGCAAAACAAUUCAAGUAAUUGCAUUUCUGGCAGCUCUCAAAGUGAGCAGACUCAAGUCCAAAAACACUGGAUUUCGAGGUCUAGGACCGACCAUUUUAGUUUGUCCCACAACUGUGAUGCACCAGUGGGUCAGCGAGUUUCACACUUGGUGGCCUCCGAUCAGAGUUGCAAUCCUGCACGAAUCUGGAUCCUCUUCAGACCCUCGAACCCAACUAGUCAAGGACAUCAACAGGACUGGUGGCGUUUUGGUGACCUCCUAUCAAGGACUGGUCAGUCUCCAAGAGACCCUUCUGCAAAGAAGGUGGCACCUCCUCAUCUUGGACGAGGGCCACAAAAUCAGAAACCCGGACGCCCAGGCCACUUUGGCCGCCAAAAGAAUUCCCACGCCACACAGAUUGGCUCUCACUGGGUCACCAAUGCAGAAUAAUUUGAAGGAGUUGUGGUCUUUGUUUGAUUUUGUCUAUCCCAGUAAACUUGGAACUCUGCCCGACUUUUUGGCAAACUUUGCUGUUCCGAUAACGCAGGGUGGCUACGCCAAUGCCUCUGAAGUGCAGGUUGCUACUGCUUUUCAAUGCGCCUUGACGCUGAAAGAAACCAUCAAGCCGUACCUUCUGAGAAGGAUGAAGGCCGACGUCAAGAACCACAUCAUGCUUCCGCCCAAGAAUGAGCAGGUUUUAUUUUGCAAACUGACUGAUGAGCAGAGGAACUUGUACCAUCACUAUGUGAAUUCCAACCUGGUAGGCAACAUUCUUAGUGGAAGACUGAAAAUUUUUGUAGGACUCAUCAAUCUGAGAAAAAUUUGCAACCACCCUGAUUUGUUCGGCUGUGGAGCCAAUCUUGAUGAUGAGACCCUGCCUGAAGAGGAGCGGUAUGGGUAUUGGAAACGCUCUGGGAAGAUGCUGGUUGUUCAGCAGUUGUUGAAAAUCUGGCAAAAACAGGGACACCGAGUACUUUUGUUUACACAAGGCCGUCAGAUGAUGUGCAUCUUGGAAAAUUUCCUAAACCAAGAGAAGUACAAAUACCUCAAGCUUGAUGGCACAACUUCAAUCAGCUCUCGGCAACCUCUGAUCAAAGAGUUCAAUAACAAUCCAGAACACUUCAUUUUUCUGCUAACAACCAGAGUGGGUGGUUUAGGUGUCAAUUUGACUGGCGCCAAUCGUGUGAUAAUUUUUGACCCAGACUGGAACCCUGCAACGGACACACAGGCCAGGGAAAGGGCCUGGAGAAUUGGGCAAAAGAACCAAGUUACUGUGUAUCGCUUGGUCACAACUGGCACAAUUGAGGAGAAAAUCUACCACAGACAAAUCUUCAAGCAAUUCCUGACUAACAAAGUGUUAAAGAACCCGAAGCAGCGCCGAUUUUUCAAGUCCAACGACCUCUUCGAACUGUUCACUCUCAACGAAGGCAAGGAAAACAGCACUGAGACUUCAGCAAUUUUUGCUGGCACGGGAUCAGAAGUGGCCGUUCCAAGGAAAAAAGACAUCAAGAUGGCCGAGAAUGAUAGAAGCCAAGCUCUGUCGGUCCGAGUGCAGUUCUCAGAGGACAAAAUUGCCAAAAUGAGGGAGCUGGCUGCCCGCCUGAGCAAGCAAAUCACCAACAAGUCCAAGGGCGAAGAAAAUUCAGCUCCUACCGUCAAAACCGAACCUCCCGAUGGCAGCGAGGCAGAGAAGAAAAAGACCAAGAAGCCAAAAAAGAAGAAGUGGUGCAAGUUUGAAGGCGAGAGGGUGGAAAACUUGGUCAAGCAGAGAGACUACGCCAGUCUGCUGGUGGAAGAGGAAAGUGAAACAAAAAAGCCUGAACAUCAGGAUGACUAUGUUCUCCGCAAAUUAUUUAAGAAAACUGGUCUGCAAACUGCUUUGAAACACGACAAAAUUAUGGACGGAGGCGGAUCUGACUACGCUUUGGUGGAGCGAGAAGCUCGGCAUGUGGCUGAGGAAGCUGUUGCCCGGCUCAAAGAAUCUCAACAAAAAUGCUUUUCUGCUACCAGUGGCAUUCCCACUUGGACAGGUUCCAGCGGCCACAUGAGGUCUCCCAACAGUGGCAAAAAGUCAAAGGAAAAGCAGCGAAAAAGCGGCCGACCAAGUGCCGCUCUUGGAAAAGCUCCCGAUGGUGGCAAGCGGUCUCCUGAAAGUGACGUCCUCAGCAGCAAUCCUUCCGAACAAGUUUCAGCAGAUGACAUACUCUCCAUUUGGAACCAACGGAAUCGUCUUAUCAAGCCUACCUCGCCUCCGCACGAUGCUGAAAUUGUCAUUGAAGAUCUUGAUGAUGAACCCGAUCCCUUACCAGUCGAAGAACCUCUAUUUGCCCCAGACAUCAUUCACACCCGACCACCACCUGCGAGGGAAUCUCGCACCCACGUGACUGAAGAGGAGUCUGAGCUAUUGGACGAUCUUCGCUGUUUCCUUGCUUUUGGAGGCGCUAUUGACGGACAGGCAACCACUUCAGAGCUGCUUGAGAGGUUCCAGAAGGCAGCCUCAACGGCCAUCAACAAAGAGCUCAGCCCACUUUUCAAGUUCCUCUUAAAAUCCAUUGCUACAUUCCACAGAGAUGCUUCCGGUCUAGGGAUUUGGCGUUUGAAACCAGAAUUUAAAUGCCAGUGAGAUGUCAUAAAUGAAAUACUUGUUAUUUAGUUUUGCAUAAAUAAAUUUAUUUUUUAUUUCA